GGAAGAGAAAGCCGUAUUUAGGGGCGGCUUGCUCCCCUUUUAUGUUAGUAGAGGGAAAUGGUAGGAAGAGGGAUACAUAUUGUAAAAUUUUGCAAAAUUGACAUUGUCGUUGGCUGGUUGAUGAUUGUGGGGGAUAUGCACACUUUAUUGUAGUGGUUUCCAUCCUGUAAUCGCAAGGGCGAGGGGAAGGUCGACAUUUCGGAUGAUUAUUGGCACUCCGAUGCUGUCAUGACGUUCUUGUGACGUGUGUCAAGAAAGACGGUUAUCAAGAAAGGUAUGCAUCGUAGACUCAUAUUGUAGAUACAGGGAUAGGUUGGUGAGAUUCUACUGUGAAUGAGAGAGGGUAAAAUGUAUUAAACUUGGACAUCAAUGGUUUUCAAAAAGAUAUAGAUAAGAAAAAUAUAGGGGUGGUCACGGCUUGCCAGGACGUCCCGGACUGGCACAUAGGGUGAUCUACCUCGGGCCCGAAGGGAAUCUAUUAGUUGGGACCUGGCAACACAGUACUCUGCGCACAGCCAAACAACAUGCUCGAUGUCGUGAUAGCCGUUCUCACAAACACAAUGAUUACUUUCAGCAAGCCCUAUACGACGGAGAUGCGCAUCAAAUGUGUAAUGGUUGGACAUGAGCCUUGACAUCGUACGAAUAAAGCCCCGGCUCACAUCCAAGCCCUUAAACCAAGCAUUUGUUGAUACGUUCGGGAUAAUGGAAUCUAGCCACCGUCCCAGACGCCCAUUGCUCCAUGAAGUUUGCCAACUAUCGAGCGUCAUCUGACGAGAGAUACAGAAAAGUUCGUUGAAGCAAAUUGGUCUUUCGUAAGUGUCGCCUUCUAAUGCGCCCACCUUGGCUAAAGUGUCCGUCUUCUCAUUGCCCACAAUAGAACAAUGUGACGGGACCCAAACCAAGGUAAUCUGGUAAGAUUUUUCAGAUAAAGCGUCUUUUCCCCAGGAAAUACGGUUAGUGCUUUCCAGGCUUCGCCGCACGGAUGCCCUCAAUGGAGCUGAGACUGUCCGAAACGAUGAAGUAAUGGUCUGCGGGCAGUGUGUCAAUGAUCCCGAGAGUAUACUGAAUGGCAGCUAACUCUGCGACGUGAAUUGAAGCAGGAUCAUUGAGUUUGAAUGAGGCAGCAAGAUUUUCGUUGAAGAUACCGAAUCCUGUGGACCCGUUGAGAAUUGAUCCAUCAGUGUAGAACAUUUUGCCGCAGUCGACUUUAUGGUAUUUAUUAUAGAAAAUAUUUGGGACCACUUGUGGGCGAAUGUGAUCCGGGAUUCCACAAAUCUCUUCCUUCAUGGAUGUGUCGGAAAAUACAGUUGGAUCAGAAGUAUCUAAGAGAUGAGCACGGUUAACGUUAUACGAAGAUGAAUUGAUGUUCUGUGUUAUGUAAUCGAAGUACAAGAACAUGAAUCAAGUCUGAGAAUUAAGCUCGACAAGAUUUUCGAAAUUUGCAAUCACUAAUAAAUUCAAAAUAUCGCAUCGAAUGAGCAAUCGAUACGAGAGGUCCCAAAUUAAAAAUCGAUUAGGGGAAGGACGCCCGCCAGCACUUCUAAACUCAUUGUCUGGGUCGAGUGCAUGCAACCCAAGGCAAUACGCAAACAGCGAUAUUGGAUUCUCUCUCCACCAUGUUCCGGUUAUUGUACGGAGAAAGUUGAUCCUUUGUUGGCACUUCUGUUUCAGAUACCUAAUGUGACAUCCCCAGGUACCUUUAGAGUCGAACCAGACCCCGAGAUAUUUGAAUGUUGAAGCCUGAGCAAUAGUUUUAUCCAUUACCUGAAGCUGUAGUUUCGCUGGUUCACGCUUCCUAGAAAAUAGCUCAGUUUUUUUCCGUGAAGAAUUCGAUACUCAGCUUAAUUGCCCAAGCAGACAAAUUGUCCAAGGUAUUCUGUAAUGAUCUUUGUAGAUCGACAGCUUUGGGUCCUGUAACGGAAACCACGCCAUCGUCUGCAAGUUGCCUUAACGUGCAGGAAAUGUCAAGACAUUCAUCAAUGUCAUUGACAUAGAAAUUGUGUAACAGGGGGCUUAGACAUGAGCUCUGGGGAAGGCCCAUGUAACUAAAUCGUGAUGUCGAAAAGUCACCAUGCGAAAAAUGCAUGUACUUUUCCGACAAGUUUAGUAAAAAGUUGUUUAAAGCAGUGCUGUGCAAUCUCACGAUGGUCUUUGACAUGUGACGGUAAAUAUGAAGUGACCGUAUCACCACAAAAAUGACCGUUAUUUCAUUUCCAUUAUUCUCGGAUCGUGUUUCAGUUAACUAUCUCUCACAGAAGCAGUGCGAGAGAGAACGCAUUGAAAUGAUAGACAGAUUGAGUACCAUUUAAUUUGUAUUGGUAUAGUAAACGAAAUAUUAUCAGUGUAUUGUAUUCAGGCAGCGGUGCGGUGCUUUGUUGCUUUUUUCUCCACCUUUCAGUUUCUUUUAUGCAUAGCUAUUUAUGUGAAACCGCCUGUUUGUUAAAUCUAGCUCGUUGUUUGUAAUAAGAUGACCGUCAUAACCGUAUUUAUAUUGCUAAUAAAAUGACGGUCUGUUUCCCUUCCUCUCAAUAAUAAUUCCAAUGAGUGAGAGAUUCAGAAGAGAACCGUUUGACUGUUGUCAAUUCAUUGGAAUGAGAACUCGUAACUCAAUAAGCAUCGCUUACUGUUUCAACUGCUAACCGUUUCAUUCUCUUUUAUCUAGCAGGUUUGCCAUCAGUACCGUGAUGGAGCUCAGCACUGGUUUAAAGUAGUUGAAAGACCAUGCUGGUGCAGCUUCUCUGAAAGAAUGUUGAUAGAAACUGAAUCAAAAGCCCACUUAAUAUCCAAGAACAUUGAUGCCAUCUGCUCUUUGCUAGUAUAGGCCAUUUCAAUUUUGGUUGAGAGCAACGCAAGACAAUCCCUUCGUCCCUUUGCCUUUGCGAAAGCCAAAUUGUGUAUCUGCCAGUAAGCCAUUUGUAUCGACCCAAUUGUCGAGGCGGGAUAGAAUAAUUUUCUCGAACAACUUCCGGAUACAGGACAGCAUUGCAAUCGGUCGAUACGAAUUGUGAUCAGAGACUGGUUUUCCUGGGUUUUUGGAUGGCGAUGACCUUCACUUGUCUCCAAUCGUGUGGAACAAUGUUACCCUCAACAAGUUUAAAUAAUUGUUACAAGUUGUUUAGUUUCGUCCGAGACUGUUUAGAUUUUCGCGUUUCGUAAUUUGUUUAUGUAUAUGUGUAGUUAGUGUCAAGAAAAUAAAUGUGAGAUCUAACGGUAAACAGCCCACCCAACACCCACACAGCACGUAGCCACAGAGAACAGACGUCCAUCUUCAGCAUUCAACUUGUGUAAAAUCUCUAACGGUUUCGAAGGUAGUUGGGAUAUCCAAACGAAGUGUGCUACUGUCGUCAUGUUCUUUUGUGACUGAGUUCGACUGAAUUGACAGUGGUUUUUCCUCUACCCAGUCAAUCUAGUCCGGAACCGGUUCGGACUUCCAGUAUGAAUUCCAGCUCAAAUGCAUCAACCGAUAGAGUCGGAAUCGGUUGUUUUCUUUAAGCAACAUUCCAUACUGAAUCCAUUCAGGAUUUCGAACCGGUUCCGGAAUGGAUUUGACGGAUAGUUUGGAUAGGUUGGUGUGGCGGCACUAGUGUUUAUCGUAGAUUAUUUCAAAUGUUCACACAAGUUUUUUAAAUAUGUCUGUUCUCUCCCACAUUACCACUUCAGAUGGCUAGCUAAUGGGAGGCGAGAUGCCCCACCUGCCAACACCAAUCGCCUGAAUACCUGCAGGCAAGUGACGGGCGAACGAAAUGCAAGCUCAGAUGCAACAUCCAGGCGGAGGGCUGCGUCCUGAAUGAUGAAUUUUAACCCGCCAUUCACCUGCCGUUCGCACGCCACCCGUUCGCCAGCACGUACGCUGGCGUAUGGCCCAGCAAGGGACAUCUCGCCACCCAAAAGAGUAUAAUUUAAUCAAAGUUGCCUGAAAUUCAAUAAACGUGCAAAUAGCUGAUUCCUUCAAAACAGAAACAUAAUGAUAUCAAAUUUUCAUUUUUUUUCUUCUCUUUGUUAUUGUCAAAAGAUAUUAGCAAGGGCUAUAGUGAAUAUUCAGCUAAAGCAGCCUGCCUUUAAUUUGGAACAAUUUCUAUCUUCCGGCCAAGGGAAGCCGGUAGUUUAUCAGAAUGUUCGUUUCAGAGCAGUCCCGGUGUUACUGGAUGACCAUACAUUUUAGUUUGCCUUUACUCAGAAGCAGGUUUACCACUACCGUUGCGAACAAUUCCGCAAACAAAAGUGUCCCGUCAAAGUGCUGGUCAACUAUACUUGGGCCGAACAUAUUCACGUAGAGUUCAGUUCGGCUUGACGAUUCACGCAGAUUUUUAAAGCUAGAGAUCCAGGGUACGAUACAUCAAACUCAUUAUAGUGAUUCAUUUUUCAACGACCAACUGUUGCUAACUCAGAAUUUAGAUCCACAAUUGAAAAUUAUUUUUUCGUGCAGCUUGCGCGAACCACAGAAAUGAAUAUCACAUUUAUCUAUCCAUGGAAAACAAAGCAAUAAACUUCGUGCUUAACUUUACUUAAUCGAUUUUCAAUGCCAGCAUCGAUGCAGAUUUAAGAAAACUGCUGCAGUUAUAGCUUCAGCUUCAAAAGAAACUAAAGUAAUAUCCUUAAUUUACAGAUGUCGACUUAAUCUAUUUUAUUUUGGGACCUCUCAGUAAUAUGCAACUUGUGAUCGGUGGCCACCUAUAUUAACGUUCGAAAAUCCGUGAGCGCAUCAUCAUGUGGAUGUGCUCUCAGAAACAAUAUGGUCCCUUCAAUAGGUGUAAAAGUCGUAUCAGCACACUACGAGAAGAUCCGGGUGCGGUGUACUCAUUUCGGAACGAACACAACCACUCGAGCAAAGCGGAUCCCAUCGAUGGAAAUACCAACAUUAUCAAGCCUCACACUUAAGCUGAAUGUUACCAAGAAAAGCUACUACUACAUUCACACAGCAGACGGAGAGUACGAAAUUUACGAUAAAACCUCGUUGAAGCUGGCAGAAAUUUCAUUUCGUUCCCCAUCAGCGAGUAGGAAGAGAUUGAACGGCUUGAGAAUACGGUUUCGAACAACGAAGAGAUCCGGCAAGAAUAUAUUAAUUUACUGAACCGAAAGAAACCUGAGGGUAUGUCAAUUGUGCAAUUACUACCCCUUAUUUUCUCGGACGAAGCAAUUUCAACGGUUCAAACACGCUUGGAAAGUGUAAGCCACCCUUGAAAGGAUACGAUAUCUUUUCCCACUGUUUUAUUGCGAAAAAAUCUCCCUGUGGGUACAUCCAUACAAUGUCAUCCAGAAGUUCCAUAUAUAGGAGGAUGCAACGUCAAAUUGAUAAUUUGGUUCGCAUGGAAGGAGAUGCAACCUAUUGUGAGAGACCCACUGACGAAAUAGAAGCUGCUGAUGUCUAUAUGCAUGAAGAAGUACGUUUGGUCAAUCAGUCGCUAAUCCACGAUGAAAACAACGAUCUUUUUUCUAACGAAUCAUUUGAAAAUGAUGAGGAAAUUAUCUCAAAUGUGCUGCAGCAAGCUGAUGUGAAUAUGGAUUUGAAUGAAAGUGAUGAUAAUGAUGAUACCGAAACAAGGGAUACGUUUGUAGAUAUAGCCAACAAACUUGCUUCCUGGUCUGUAACACAUCAUAUUUCGAAUUUCGCAAUGAAUGACCUCAUCGGAUGGCUUAAACAAAAUUAUUUUCCAGAGUUACCAAGAAAAAUUGAAACACUGAAAAGAGCAGCUUACUUACAUAACUAUGAAAUAAAAAAAAUGGGUGAAGGAAAAUACGUUCAUUUUGGUUUGAAAAAUAUGCUUGAAAUAUACAUGCAUCUAAACAACAUUCAACCAAACAAUUCUGAAAGUUUCGUCAUGUAUUUCGGCAUCGAUGGAGUUCCAAUUACCAAAAGCUCUCGGAGUGAGUUUUGGCCCAUUCUCUUGAAACUUAAAGGAUUUCAGCUUAUACUACCAGUUGGCGUAUAUCAUGGCUAUGGAAAACCGAGGGACGUUCAUCAAUAUCUGGAAAUGUUUGUUAGCGACUUGCACGAUGUACUGCAAAAUGGCAUUCCCGGGAAAACUGGUUUAUCGACAGUGAGCAUUGGAACGUUCGUAAUGGAUGCUCAAGCAAAGGCUUUCAUAAUGGAUAUAAAGGCACCUACGGGAACAUACGGUUGUCCUAAAUGCAAGGUAAGGGGCAAGAAAAUUGGGCCAAGGGUCGUUUUCUUGAACCUGCAUGCUCCUUUGAGAACAGAUGAAGAUUUUUUGGAAAUAACAGAUCCACAUCACCAUUCAUCGAGGCUGUCACCACUAGCCACAGUUGCAAAAUGUAUAUCAAACGUGUCCAUAGAUUACAUGCAUAAUGUGCUUCUUGGAGUAUUUAAAUAUAUUCUAUUGUUCUGGGUCGAUACCAAAAAUAAGCCGUAUUCGCUUUCAGAUCGACAGAAGCAUGAAAUAAAUAGACGGAUUUCACUUAUAAAAACGCAACUACCAUACGAAUUUUCAAGAAGGCCUCGACCAUUAGAAGAAAUAAAAAAAUACAAAGCAACGGAAUUUCGUUUGCUGUUGCUAUACACAGGUCCAUUACUAUUUAUGCAAGUUGUCGAGCACCGGUUCUAUGUUCAUUUCCUACUUUUACAUGCUGCUAUAAGAAUAUUAUGCCAUCCUACUGAUUGCAUAAAUAAAAAUGCCCUAGCUACUGACUAUUUAAACCGGUUCGUUGAAGACUACAAAAUGCUUUAUGGAACAGGAUAUGUCGUUUAUAAUAUACAUUUAUUAAGUCAUUUGGCACAAGAGUGCUUAAUUUAUAGAGAGCCAUUAGACAACUUUUCAGCCUUCCCGUUUGAAGAAUAUCUACACAAAAUAACGAAAAUGACGAAAAAAGCACCAUAUCCACUGGAACAACUAAAAAACCGUUUAAUGGAACAUAUACAUUUUAAUGAAAACUUGAUGGGGAAAAAAAUACUACUGCAAAAAAACUACCGGGAAAAAAUUUGUACGAAGAAAUAAUAACAGAAAAUGGUCGUAAAUAUAGUACUAAACGUAAUGAUAAAUAUAUUUUUGUCGAUAAAGAAUUGUACGCAAUUACUGGUAUAUUCAAAUUACGAGGAAAUUACAUGUUGCAUUGCUUGAAAAUGGGUCCAAACAUUCCGCUAUACAACCAACCGAUCAAUUCCAAACAAUUAGGAGUUGGUUGCAAUAGAGCAAAUACAACUAUAUUGGAAUUUUCAGAAAUUGACAUAAGAUUUUGUACUAAAGUAGCACGACUGAGUAUUGACGACUGUCAUUACUAUUUUGCAAUA